AACACAGACAAAAGUUCAGAGUUGACAUCCUCUAUAAGUUGUUAUUCUAUCAUUUUCCUGGUCUGGUCCAGAUCACACUGGUCUGAAUGUGGAAACUGAACUAAAAUGAUUAUUAACAUUUUAGUGUAAUUUUUGCAUUUCACACAUUCAUCCACAGGGCCGGACUGGACCUUUUGGUGGGCCGGAUUUGGCCCCUGGGCCACAUGUUUGACACUACAUGUUAAAAAAAAAAAAAAGAUUUUAAUCAAUCAAAAAAGUUGCACUUAUUUAUCUCAAGAAAUGUCCUGUUAUUCAUUGUUUUUAAGGAUAAUCUAUAAAAUAUAAUCAUUUUCAUCAUGUAAUGUUCCUUUUUUCACUCUAAAACACAGAAAAGUUUAGAGUGGACAUCCUUUAUAAGUUGUUCUUCUAUUAUUUUCCUGGUGUGGUCCAGAUCACACUGGUCUGAAUGUGGCCCCUGAACCCUAAUGAGUCCUCCAGUCCUGGUCUAAUCCAAGUCCAGCUGCAGAUAAACCCGGUCCAAACCUCCUCCUCCUCCACUCACCUCGGUCCGUGUCAUUGUUGCUGAGUCCGCCCGCAGUCGCUCCGCCCCUCCAUGUGUCGGAGCCCGAGUCCUCCGGGAUAAGGGCUCCUCGUCCGCCGCCUCCCGCCCGAUCAGCCGGACUCUUCCCUGGGAGACGGACGCAGAGACGCAGCCGGAGGGAGGGAGGGGGAAGCAGGCAGAGUAGCAGCCGGGACGUCCGCAGCCAAAGCCGGGGUCGCACCAUGUCCCUGAGCCCGAAGCAGCAGCAUCCGCAUCCGCAGCAUCCGCACCACUCCACCCCCUUCUCAGUCACGGACAUCCUCAGCCCCAUGGAGGACACCUACCGCCGGUUCGGAGCCAUGGACGGGAGCCUGGGGGGCCCUCUGGGCGCAUACCGGCAGCCCCAGGUCCCCCAGGCCGGGGUGCAGCCCCAGCAGGAGCCGCCUCACCUGCACCACCACCACCACCACCACCACCACCUGACCCCCUCCUCCUCCUCCUCCUCAUCUUCAUCCUCCUCCUCCUCCUCCACCACCUCGGCGGCGGCCCUGGGCCCCGGGAACCCCUACCACCACCACCAUCACCACCACCACCUGCCCCACGCCGUGCCGCAGUUCUCCGGGGCCGUGGGCGGGUUCUGCAACGGAGGCAUCGGGAACGUGGGCGAGCUGCCGUCCUACCAGGAGACGGUGAGGAGCGGCGGAGCGGCGGCCUGGUACAGCAGCCCGGAGCCCCGGUACCCGAGCAUCUCCAGGUUCAUGGGCCCCUCCGCCGGGAUGAACAUGUCCGGGAUGGUGGGCAGCCUCACCGGGAUGGACUCCGCCGCCAAGUCCAUGGUGACGCUCCACGCGCCGCGGAGGAAGCGGAGGGUUCUAUUUUCUCAGGCGCAGGUGUAUGAGCUGGAGCGGCGGUUCAAGCAGCAGAAGUACCUGUCCGCACCGGAGCGCGAGCACCUGGCCGGCCUCAUCCACCUCACCCCGAACCAGGUCAAGAUCUGGUUCCAGAACCACCGCUACAAGCUGAAGCGCCAGGCCAAGGACAAGGCCACGCAGCAGCUGCAGGACGGAACCGGCGGAGGAGGGGGCGGCGGCGGCGGACUGUGCACCCGCCGCUCCUCGUCCGCGUCCCCGGUGCUCUCCAAGAACGGAAAGACCACCGGCGGCUCCAACCAGAGCGGGACGCGGCAGCAGAGCGGCCCCGCGGAGCCGCUCGGGGCCUCCGGGCAGCAGCAGCAGGUGAACCAGCUGUCAUCCACGGAGGAGCUGGACGAGCUGAGCCCCAGUCCGCCCAUGGAGCUCCACGGCCAGAUCAACAUGACGCAGACGGACGCGGCGCUCAUCGAGUACACCAACAGCAUGAUCGGCUCCAAUUUACUGUACGGGAGGACUUGGUAGAGACACCGGGAGGAGGGACAGGCGGGAUCCGGCCCGCGGGGUGCCUCUGCCGGCUUGGAUUUGCUCUGAGAACCCGCUGGAAAAUAAAGAGCGCGUUGGUUUCCGUGCGUAAAGUUGUGGUUGUUUUACGCACAGCGGGACCGGAGACACGGACCUGGACUGGAUCUGAGCCUCGAACUGGACUCACUGUUAAUAAUAAUAAAAAAUAAUAAUAAUGUAUUUUCUCCCAUCAGAUCGACAUAUUUCUUAAUCUUUUUUUGUAAAUGAUCGCUGCUCUGCUCACAUUAAAGACACCACAGGCUGAUUUUAGGAGCUGAAAAGUGGAGCCGUUUGGAGAAAAAAAGAAAGAAAAGGAAGGAAAAGACGCUUUUCAGUCGGAAUGAACUGAGACAUUAUUUCAUUUGCAGGUUUAAACGGCGAAGUAAGACAUUAAACUGAGAGUAAAGCUACAGAUGGUUUCAUUUGUUUUCCAUUAUUAAUAAAUGAUCGAUUCAUUUCGACGCCAAUUUUUAUUUCCCCAAAACAAACAUUUUUUUAAAAAUAGAUUUUAGAUUCUUUGUGUUAAACUGGAAACUUUGAAUCAAACCAACACGAAUCGCAAAAAAAUUACAUUCAACAUCAUUUUUUUUUCUUUUCGUUUGUUGAUAAAAAAUUACUUUCUUUCAGACAAAUCAGAUCCAAAUUUCACAGCUACUAUUUUAUUUUAUUUUUUUCUUAAACACUUGGAACACUUUGGAGACUUCUCUCAAAAAUUAAACAAAGCGACUCACUUGGAGUUUUACAUUUUAAAAACCACAGAUUACUUUAUCUUUGUUGUUGUGUACAAUACAAAGGGAAAAAAACAUUGUACAAGACGAUAAAAAGAAAACAAAAAACCCCAAAACAAAACAAAAACAGCUGGUCUCUCU